UGUGUUUUGGUUUAAAAAAUACAUAAGUAUGUUCUCUGAAGCCUUUGCCCCAUAUGUAUAUGUAAAUGCACAUGCUAAAUAUGUGUCUGUAUCUGCAUAUAUCAGUUGUGUUACUGUGAGUGUACAUACAACUAUAAUAAUUGACCACAUAAACUACCAAUUAUAUCUGAAACUGAUUGUCUGCAUGUGCAACUACUGCAGUUAAUCACACAACCAUGGUAAUCGUGCAUGCACUUACUUGCAGUCUUCUUAUAACUUAGCUCACAAUAUUCUAAAACUUCAGUGCUUAUCAAAUAUCAACAGAUAUUUAGUAAUGCAAUUUCCACUAAGGCAAAUACAUGGAAGUAUAACAACCACUGACCCUACCCAUCAUGGGGUACGUCUACACAAUGGGACUAAAUCCAAAAUAAGUCUUAACCUAGAAUAACGAUGACCGCAAGAGAAACAUCUGCGCAUAAAAGGACAGUUAUUCCUCAAUCCCAAGAGAGCUUCCUUCCGUUUGAUAUAAAUGCAUUGUCCCCACAACAAAGACAGAGGUAUCUAGCGUUUGCUGAGCCCACUGAGGAACCAGUGAAAUCCAUGCUGGCCUCAGACAUCUUUAUGAUGGAUGAAAUUUCUCACACGUACUCCAAGUACGAAAGGGAUGCAGAGCAAAGGAAACAGGACAGAGUUAUUGGGCUGCUCAAGGCUGCAGAAGCCCGGAGCCGCCUUCGAAACGUGAGGCUCCGAUUUCAGAACAUGAGAGCUCAGGAAAUAAACCAUCUGAUAGCCUGCCAGAAAACUGCCAGAGGCGCUGUGAGACUGGAGGUGUUUCUUCCACCCCGAAAGAACAUUCAGAAACUAGCAGAUAACUUGGACAGAGUUCAGCUGGAUUUCAGGGCACUGAGCACCACUUGUUUCCUUGGACAGCACACCCCACCUUUGCGAUGGCUGCAGCAUGGGUUUAUAUAGUCUGUGAAGCACUUUGAGGUCCCUUGAGAGGCAAGGAGCUAUAUUAAUGUGACUCGUGGCAAAACAGAUAAUGUGUUACAGUUCUAUGUAAAAUUAGCUAUUGGACAGAUUAAUUAUAAAUGAUCUUUGCCCAGUUCCUGCCUAAUAACGGCAGGAAAAGCAGCUUUGCUGCUUGCUGUCUGUGACUGUUUAUUAAAGACCAUUUCCUUUAGAGUGGCAGCUAAAAUACAAGGUAUCAUGCUGGAUUUGCCUCUGCCUUUCCUGCCUGGGCUCCCCUCCCCCCUCUGCCAGAAUUUGUAAACAUGUCUUUCUGCUUUACUCCUGACUGCCUGGAGCAGAUUCCUGGGAUGUUAAUGCCAGAUACAGCAGAGGCCUUGGAGUGCUGAGAAGGGCAGACAGUCCCACAGCUGUAACAAGAUGGAACUGGAUUACAGCACAAAGAGCAUGUGCACACAAUGGAAUAGUCUAGAAAAGCCCACCUCAGCGUUUCCAGGCAACUGUACCAAUGUAUUAGACUGGCCUUAGCCAUCCCAGAUGUACGUACCACCUCUCCUUCCAUUGUGAGCAGCAACCCUGAAUGGAUGUAAGAGGGAGCUUUUCAGAAAACCCAGACUUCUUCAAAGGCUGGACUGCACACAGCUGAAUUAGUGAUUGGCAGCAUUGAUGCACUUGGGCCAGGUACCAAUUAAUGCCAGAGGGCGGGGAUCUGGAUUAACAGAUACAAAAGCAUGAAGUACUGUACACAGUGCUAGAAUUUGUGUCUCCUGGGGAACCACAGACAAAGUCUUGAUCAAUGUAACUGCUGCACAAAAACAGGAAAUUGCCCCUCCCUUCAUCGGAACAGAGGAAGAGGCUACAUGCCCACAUCUGUGUCAGAACAGUGCCAGUGAAACUGGGUGAUUGUUCCAAGCACCAAGCAAAGGGGCAAAUUAGUCACCUGAAGAAGCAAUAGUACAGCUCUGACAGCUUUUCUAGAGCACCAGCUCUAGGAACAUUUAACACUAGCCUGGACCAAGGUCUCAAAAAUAGAUUGCUAGGAGAUCCCUGCGCUGGCAGAGGGGUGGCUCACAUGACCUACAACAUCGUGCCCAUCUCUCGUUUCUGAGGGCGAAGUCCUGACCCCAUUUAAGUUCCAUGCUCCUCUCCACAUUCUUUCCUUCAUUGGCAGUGUCCGCUGGGAAGCCUAUGAUCAGAUCCAUAUUGAGGCCGAACAACAACUUUCUCUCAGCUAGAAAUGGUUCCUCCAGAAAAGAAUUGAGGCACUUUGGUGGGGGAUUGUGAGGGGAACAUUCAUUAUUAUUGUCUCAAUUUGAUGUUUCCUGUGGCAGAGGAUAUUUGUGGUGAAAACAACCUGCCUAAGCAUCGAAUCCAUUGCAAAAAGAAAAAUAGAGAAGCUUUAUUUGUUAGCUUCCCUGCUUCAUUCCCAUGUGACUUUUUUUUUGCUUGCAGGUGUAACUUUUGAAAUAGCUUUUGAUCACGCAUUGUUGCAAUGGACAGCUUUGUGCUAUUGUUCAGACUUUCACUGCUUCUUGUCUUUG